CCAAUUUGCCAUUAACUUUUGCCUUUAAAGUUUUAGGUACUUUUAAGUUUUAAUUUUAAACUGUUAAUAAUAUUGCAUUAUAAUAUUCUCUCAAUGUUUAUAGUUUUUAAUUUUGUAGACACUAGCCUGUAGUUUUCAACUGUACUUAUAAGAAAAUUUUACUAGCACUUAAUGCAUAGUGUCUACAGAUGUAAUUUUACAUUUUAUUAUUUUUUGAUUAAAUGAAGAAUUGAUUUACAAUGCGAAUUUUUAAGAAACAUCGUGAUUUGUUAUAAAAUAUAUCAUGUAACAGUUUACAGUAUUAGUAUUUUAAAUUUUGUAAUAUAAGGGUCUAUAGAGUACAAAUACAAUAAUUAUUGAUUAUCAUUCAUCCUAACAACUCAUAAUAAUUUGAAGGAAGUAAUAAUAUACCCCGAAAUAGUAAGCUAUUAUGUCAUCCGACUCAGAAAACACUAAUCAUACAAGAAAAUCUGAUACAGUUUAUGAUGAAUUGGAAAAACUAAUUUCUUCCGUGGAUGCUGAAGAAAAAGAAUUAAAGAUUAAAAUGGAAAAAAUCAAAUCAAAUGGAAAUGGAAAUGAGAAGAAAACAAAAGAGUCAAAUGGAAUAGCUGAUCUUAAAAACGGGAAUGAGUUUAAAAAUAAAAAUGAAUUAGAAGAUAAUUCAGUAGAAAUGAAAAAUGAAAAUGAAGAGAAAAAAAGUGAUGAAGAUGACAAUCAUCUUGAGUUUAAAGACAGUCAAAAUAAUUCUGAAGAUGGUAAAGAAGAACUGGAAUUAUCUGAAAUGAUUGUUUGUGACGAAGUAGCUGGUGAUAGUGAUGAAGAUGAUAAUAAAAUAGAAGUUGAAGCAACAAUUGCUAAUGAUAAAGAUAAAUAUGAAAAAGAUACAAAAAAAAUAAAAAAAGAUUCAAAAGAAAAAGAAAGCAACAAAAAAAAAUACGAUAAAAAAUCAGAUUCUAAGUCUAAAGAUCGAUCAAGAAAAGAAGAUUCAAAAAGAGUUGAUAAAAAACGUUCAAGAACACCAAGCAAAGAUAGGUCAAGUAAGGAUAGUUCUUUGAAGAAAAGAUCGAAAAUUAGUGAUAAAGAAAAGGAAUCCAAAAAACUUAGAGAACUUGAUAAGUUUUGGCAAACUGUGCGUGAUGAUCCAUCUGACUUUAUUGGUUGGACUUACUUAUUACAAUAUGUCGAUGGAGCGAAAAAUAUUGAAGCAGCACGUGAAGCUUAUGAUGCCUUUUUAGAUUUAUAUCCAUAUUGUUAUGGUUACUGGAGAAAAUAUGCAGACUAUGAAAGAAAAAAUGGAACUAAAGAAAACUGUGAAAAAGUAUUUGAUCGUGGUUUAAAAGCUAUACCAUUGAGUGUUGACUUAUGGAUUCAUUAUAUGGGUUAUAUGAAAUCAGCAUAUCCAGAUGAUGAAGACAUGAUAAGGGAACAAUUUGAAAGGGCAGUGGAAGCUUGUGGAAUUGAAUUCCGAUCGGAUCGUUUAUGGGAUCAUUAUAUUAAGUUUGAAUUGGAAUGUAAACAAUAUUCAAGAGUUACAGAAAUUUAUGAACGUCUAAUUGCGACUCCUACUCAUGGAUUUUUAAAUAAUUUUGAAUGUUUCAAAGACUAUGUAAAAAAGUAUCCUAAAAACAAAAUAUUGGAAGCUGUUAAAUUUUUGGAGUUAAGAAAAGAAGUAUUAGCUGAGAUUAAGGAAGCUGAUGCUAAAAAAGCACACGGUAGAAAAAUUGAUUCUGGUUCUGACUCUGAUGACAUGGCUGAUCCUAUAGAACAACGAACCAAAGAAGAAAAUUUAAUGAAAGAAAAAAUGAUAUCAUCGCGCAUUGCAAUACAUAAGCACACAGCAGAAAUGGUUGCAUUACGAUUACCCUAUGAAGAAAUGAUUAAACGGCCAUAUUUUCAUGUAAAACCUUUAGAAAGAUCUCAGAUUAGAAACUGGAAAGAAUAUUUAGAAUUUGAAAUUGGUCAUGGUACAUACAAACGUAUUGUGGUGUUAUUUGAAAGAUGUUUAAUUGCUUGUGCUUUAUAUGAAGAAUUUUGGACUAAGUAUGUCAGUUAUUUGGAAAGUCUCGAAUCUGAUGACCAGGAAGUUAAAGACCGUAUAGAGGACAUAUAUAUUAGAGCAUGCACUGUUCAUCAUAAGAAUAAACCUGGUAUUAACUUAACUUGGGCUCUACAUUUAGAAAAUAAUGGACAAUAUGAUAAAGCUGCUCAAAUUUUAGACAUGUUAGACAGUAAAACCCCAAAUAAAAAGUUAAUAAUACAAAGAAGGAUUAAUUUGGAAAGACGAAGAAAUUGUAAUGAUAGAGUAUGCGAGUUAUAUGAACAUUACAUUAGUAUAGCAAACUCUUCAUUAACUUCUAUUCUGUUGACAGUUAAAUACGCUCGAUUUGUUUGGAAAAUGUUACACAACAGUGAUCGAGCUUCUGAAAUUUUAUUGGCUGAAGUAGAGAAAAUAAAUAAUGUUCAAAAAAGUAGUCGUCUGCUGUUACAAUUAAUUGAAAUCAAAAUGAGUGACAAUCCUAUGAAUAUUUCUGCGGUAGUCAAACUGAUUGAUAGCAUUUUAGUCAUGAAGUCCAUUGAUGUUGAACAACAAGUUAUUUUUGCUCAACGCAAAGUUGAAUUCUUAGAAGAAUUUGGCAAGGAUAUACUUUUGAUCAACAAAGCUACAUCAGAAUUGAAAAGGUAUAUGAAAACAUACAACGAAAGUGAGAAAAAAACAGAACUUAUAGACACUCCUUGUAGUGCCAAAACAUAAUUUUACCAUGAUGUUGACCAUUUGUUUUUAAUAAGUAUAUUUUAUUAUAAACUCUUCAUAAAUGUAAAUAAAUCCAUAUUUAAAUAUUAUUUAAUAAUUUGAUGAUAUUUAUUUGAGUUUGUCAUUAUGUUGUAACUAAAUCUUAGUUUUUAAAGCAUUUUUAUAUAUUAUGUAUUACAAGUACAUUGACAUUUGAAAUAAAUUUAAUUGAACUCCUCAAGUUCAAUGUGUGUGUAAGGGAUAUCUAAACAGAAAUGAAGAAGUAUACACAGAAAAUACAAUUUUAGUUACAGAUUAAUUAAUUAAUCAUUAUUAUUUUACAUUUUGUUAUUUAUAAAAUCUAUUCUACAAUAAAAUGUAUUCAACUAUUUUGUCUUUUACUAAUCUUUUAUUAAUUACUAAAAUAUUGUAAAUUAUAUAAAAGUAGUCAAUAAAAAAAAAAAAUUUGAAAAUGCUGUUUUUGGUUUUUAUUAAAAAUAAUAAUAAUUAAAAUUAGAAAAACACUUUACAUUCAUAAUAUUAAUUUACUUGACAUAAUCACCAAAUUUGUUUGAAAAAUAUCCAAAUCUGAUUUCGCAAUCAAGAGUUGGUUCUAGUAUUAUACACGAUUCAUCUUCCAAUCCCUUCACAUCAG